AUAAACCUUCGACGUCUGGUUCAACAGACAACGUGAGAUACCGAAAAACAAAGAGUCAUAAAGAAUAUCCCUCUUCUAUAUAUGAUAUGUAUGAAGAUAAUUUUAAAGAUAAGAAGAAUAGAAGACCCCUCCUUGGAGUAUCUAUUGAUGAUAUGGCUUACCUUUGUGGACUUCUUAUAGUUUCUUUACUUGUUCGUUUAUAUGAUAUACGCCAUCCUAGUUCAGUAGUUUUUGAUGAAGUUCAUUUUGGUGGCUUUGCUACAAAAUACAUUAAGGGUAGAUUCUUUAUGGAUGUACAUCCACCAUUAGCAAAAUUAUUAAUCACACUUGCUGGUGUAUUGGGUGGAUUUGAAGGAAAUUUUGAUUUUAAGGAAAUUGGCAAGGAUUAUCUUGAACCAAAAGUUCCAUAUGUAUCAAUGCGUUUAAUGCCCGCAUUCUUGGGAGUAAUGGUUAUGCCAAUGGCAUAUCUGACAAUUAAGUUGGCGGGUUUUUCAAGGGCUUCGGCUUUACUAGUAGCAACUCUAUUAAUAUUUGAAAAUGGGUUGGUAACUCAAAGUAGAUUAAUUCUAUUAGAUUCACCUUUAGUCGCAGCUGUUUCCUUUACCACUUUAAUGUGGGUCAAAUUUCAAAAUGAACAACAAAGACCAUUUCAAUUGUGGUGGUGGUUUUGGAUGGCAAUGACUGGUGUUGGGAUUGGGCUUACUGUAAGCAUGAAAUGGGUUGGUCUUUUUACAAUGGCCUUUAUUGGUUUAUCUACAAUUAAAGGAUUAUGGGAUAUACUUGGUGAUUUAAAAAUAUCUCCGGUUGAAUGGAUGAAACAUUUUUUCGCGCGUUUUUUGUGUUUGUUAGUGAUUCCUUUCGUAUUAUAUUUGUUCUUCUUUGUAAUUCAUUUUGCAAUUCUGCAAAAUAGUGGUGAUGGUGAUGGUUUUAUGAGUUCAGAAUUUAGAAUGACUUUAGGAGGUCGUAGUUCACAAGAAGCUUCCCCUAUAGAUAUAGCUUUUGGGUCUUCAGUUAGUAUUAAACAUGCUAACACUUUAGGCGGAUAUUUACAUUCUCAUAAACAUGUUUAUCCAGGAGGAAGCAAACAGCAACAAAUUACAUUGUAUCCACAUCAAGAUGAAAAUAAUAUUUGGCUCAUUCAAAAUAAAACUGAUCCCGAAGUUCCAUUUAAUGUUUCAGAACCUUCGUGGAUUUAUAAUGGUGCAGUUAUUCGUUUAUAUCAUCCUAAAACGCAUAAACGAUUGCAUAGUCACGAUGUAAGGGCCCCAGUGACUGAAGCAGAUUAUCAAAAUGAAGUAAGUGGUUACGGAUAUGAAGGAUUUGAAGGUGAUGCUAAUGAUUAUUGGAAAGUGGAAAUUGCUAAUCAUGAUAAAUCAGAUCCACAAUCUGGUGAAAGGCUUCGAACUCUUCAUACAAAAUUCAGACUUCAACAUACAAUUACUGGAUGUUAUCUUUUUUCACAUAAUGUAAAAUUACCUGACUGGGGUUAUGAACAACAAGAAGUUACAUGUGUGAGAGGUGGAAAUUAUGAGAAAACAUUAUGGUUUAUUGAAACCAAUUCUCACCCAACUCUUCCCAAUGAUACCGAGAAGGUAACUUAUAAAAUACCUGGAUUCCUUAGUAAAGUCUGGGAGCUUAAUAAAGUGAUGUGGAAUACAAAUAAAGGAUUAACUGACGAUCAUCCUUAUGAUUCUCGUCCUCCUUCUUGGUUUUCAUUAAGACGUGGAAUUAGUUUCUGGGGAAAAGAUCAUCGCACAAUUUAUUUACUAGGAAAUCCUUUAAUAUGGUGGUCAUCUUCUAUAGCAAUUAUCUGUUUUUUGGCUUUAGAAAUGAUCAUAAUUUUAAGAGCUAAGAGAGGAUACAAGGAUAAUUUAAACAUUAAUAAACAACAUUUCGAGUCUUGGGCUGCUUUGUUUUUCAUGGGAUGGUGUUUACAUUAUUUCCCAUUUUAUUUAAUGGCUCGUCAAUUAUUCUUACAUCAUUAUUUCCCUGCAUUAUAUUUUGCAAUACUUUUAGUGGGUGUUGGAUUUGAUUUAUUUACAUUUAGACUUUCAAAUAGGAAAAAAAUGAUUUGCGCUUUAAUAAUUAUAAGUAUUUCAAUCACAAUUUUUUAUAUGUUUUCACCUCUAACAUAUGGUAGUAAAUGGACAAAAUCUUCUUGCAGAAGUAUGAAAUGGGUGGAUACUUGGGAUUUCGAUUGUGAGCAAUUUCAUGAUAGUUAUGAACAAUAUUUGAAUACGUCAUCGGCGGCGGAAAUAGAUAAUACAGCAACUUUAGAAGGAGUUCAGGAACCAGAAGCAAAAAUAGAAGGUGAUGAAGGUCAACGUAUUAUACAAAACAAUGAUAGUGACGAACAAGAUAAAAAAGAAACAUAUGUAGAAACAGUAGAAGUAGUUGUAACAGUAAAUAAAACAGUAAUAUAUACAGAAACACCUGAAACAACAGAAACACCUGAAACAACAGAAACAAUAGAAGAAACACCUGAAACAACAAAAACAAUAGAAGAAACAACUGAAAAAACAAAAACGGUAGAAUUACUUGUAACAGUAAAAGUGGACCAAAGUGGAAAUGAAAUACACUCAAACGAUGGUGAUAGUCACACUGAAGAAGAAAGAACAGAAGAAAAAAGAGAAGAUAAAACGGAAGAUAAAACAGAAGAAAAAAUAGAAGAUAAAACGGAAGAUAAAACAGAAGAUAAAACAGAAGAAAAAAGAGAAGAUAAAACGGAAGAUAAAACAGAAGAAAAAAUAGAAGAAAAAUAG